GUUAAUAAAAGAAGCGAGAAUAGAGUAUGAAGUUCUAAUUUAACACAAUCUACAUUUUCGAACUGUGUGUCAAGCAAUAAUAAAGUACUAGCAAAGUCUGUUACCAUGACAAUUAAGAAUGGGACAUUGGUCCUUAUCCUGAUCUUGGGUGUUGUGACAAGUUUGGCACUUCCAGUCAAAGUCAUACCUCAUCAAGUAAACGAAAUUUUAGAUACUGUCCCCUCCGUCGCAAAGUUGCCUCCAAAGACCACCCAAAUCUCUGCCAGCACAUCCUCAAAUGACUUGAAACAUACAAUUAAUCACCCUCGACUCGUAGAAGGACAGGCUCAUCUUAAGUCUCAAUCCAGGAGGAAAUCGCGUCAGCAGAAUAACAUGCCAUUUAUAAUUUAUGGAGGAUGCUCUCCAUACGGCAGCUCAAUGCUGGGGGGUUAUCCUGGGGUUCAAAGGAUGUGGCCUCCAACGUGGCCACAACAACGGGGCCUGCACAAUCUAUUUGGAAUAGGUCGACCCCGAGGUAACCAACGCCUGGCAGAAACUGUGGGUGCAGUGCUACCUGCGCUUGAAGAUUUGCUGGGAACUGUCAUCCUCCAUCGGUGAGGUACACGUGCAUAUCAUUAUUUAUUAACUGGAUAGAAUUCAGAUAAGCCGUCACAUUGAAAAAUAAAAUAAGCAGUAGGAAAGUACAAAUUGUACAAUUCUACUUGAAUAGGCAUGAUUGAAAACUUGUACAUAGGUUAUUUAUUUCAACUAAUUUAUAGAGUCGUGUGAGAAAUUAUGGAUUAAAAUCUUUAAAUUUAAUGUUAGAUGAAAUAAAUCAUUUUACUUAUAUGUA